ACCGUGAGCUGUGGUCCUGGUUUUUCUGUCGGAUUGCCAGUGGCUACCCCGCAAGAGCCAGUUUUCAAUUUGCGUAAAUUACAUCUCAAUUAAGCUCUGUCUCCAGCACCUUCGCUUAGCUCCCUCCCCAUCAGCUCCCCUCUAAAGAGCCGCCCACCGAGAAAGAGGAGCUGAGCAGCCACUCCGUCCUAGCUCCAAACACACCGCCCGAGAAGCCAGGAGGCAGGAGAAGUGCGUGCCGUUCCCCGAGUGUUGUGUGCGCCUCCUUUCCUGCCUGUCCCGGGGCUGGAUUUGAGCCUGAGGCUGCGGCACUGGGGGCUGAGCCAUCUGUUGCAAGAAACAAAAGCUGGUGAAUUGCUUUGCACUCUCCCCCAAGUGCCUGGGAGGAAAGAGCUGUGGUGUUGCCGGGAAAUGCUACAAUCUGCUUGUAUGGUCCGCUUGCUUUGAAACGAGUGAUCUCGGGAUUUGUUGUCUUUAAUAAAAUAAUAAUAAUAACAAUAGGUGGAUGGAUUUCGAGGGCUAAUUCUUUUUUUGGAGCCAUGACUCCCCAACCUGGAUGGCGGGCAAUGCGAAGGCGUAAGGAAUUAUAGCCCGGGGCUCAGCCAGGUUUAUUUGGGCUGGGAUGAACUUUCGGAGCCCAGGGUGCCACCCAAUGACAGACACAAAGCCGGAGCACGCAGGAGCUGAAACAACCACGUUCCUGGGCAUACCUUAGGCGAGCUUCUAGCCCCUGGCAGCGACGGAGGAGGAUGGGCGCUGCCGCCAUCGCUGGAGUUUUGUGAUACCAAACUGCAGGUACAGCGAAAUGAAGACAACUGACAAGAUGCAAAAGAGGGCAAAUUUUGGGGCACUAUCCGUGGUGCUGAUUGUGUCUCUGGAGCUUCCACAAAUCGCUUUUGCAUGUCCACGCCCAUGUGCCUGUUACGUUCCCACUGAAGUUCACUGCACGUUUCGAUCCUUGGCAGCAGUGCCAGCAAGAAUCUCUAAACAUGUGGAAAGAAUCAAUUUGGGGUUUAAUAGCAUACAGUCCAUAUCUGAAAACUCAUUUUCAGGACUCACAAAACUGGAAUUGCUCAUGAUUCAUGGAAAUGACAUCCAAAAUAUACCCAAUGGUGCUUUAAAAGAUCUCAUGUCUUUACAGGUAUUCAAAAUUAGCUACAACAAGCUGAAAGUUCUAACAGGCCAAACUUUCCAAGGACUUUCAAGCUUAAUGAGAUUGCACAUGGACCACAACAGAAUUGAAUUCAUCCACCCGAAUGCUUUUAAUGGGUUAACUUCUCUGAGAUUGCUCCAUUUGGAAGGAAACUUACUCCAGCAGCUUCAUCCCAACACAUUUUCAACAUUUACAUUCCUGGAUUAUUUCAGACUGUCAACAGUAAAACACCUCUAUCUGUCUGAAAAUAUCAUUAGGACACUGCCUGCAGGGAUGUUUCAAGGAAUGCCACUCCUGGAGAAUCUUUACCUUCAUGGGAAUCCCUGGUCCUGUGACUGCAGCUUGAAAUGGCUGCUGGAAUGGGAUAAGAAGUCUGGAGGUGUAUUAAAGUGCAAGAAGGAUAAAGCUUAUGAAGGAGGUCAACUCUGCCCUAAGUGCACCAGCCCAAAACAACUGCAGAAACAAGAUAUUCAAAACUUGAAAGAUCUUUCCUGUAAGAAACCUAUUAUACAAUCCCAAUUGAAACAGAACAACAGCAUUGAUGAGGGGGAAGAUAGGGGCAAUUAUGAACUUCCUAUGGAGGCAUUUCAGCUAUUUCCAUGGAACAUUACUCUCAAUAUGACUGAUGAGCAUGGGAACAUAGUGAACUUAAACUGUGAAAUCAAGAAACCAACAGACUCUGCCAAAAUUCAAUGGAACCAAAUCAAUCCUCAGGAAAUUGAUAUCAAUGCUACAGUUUCACUUGAUUUUGAAUGCCCAAUGAAACGAGAAAACUAUGAAAAAUUAUGGAAACUUAUAGCUUAUUACACCGAAGUGCCUGUUAAAUUACAAAGGGAACUCAUGCUCAGCAAAGAGUCCAAAAUAAGUUAUGAGUAUCAGCAAGAUUCAGAUGAUGAUGCCCUUUAUUACACGGGUGUCAAAGCUCAAAUACUUGCAGAACCUGCCUGGGUUAUGCAACCGCUGAUAAACAUUCAAUUAAAUAGACACCAGAGCACAGGGCAAAAAGUGGUGCUGUCUUUUUUUACCCAGCUUUCUCAAACAAUUCAGAUGAAAGAUAUAAGACAGCAUAGACGAAGCUGGGUGAUGAUAGAGCAACCUCAGAACUCAAAGACAGCCCAGAGUGUUAUUGAAGGCUCAGACUGUCAGCUGAGAUGCAAUGUGAGAGCAUCAGAGAGUCCUCUCAUCCAGUGGGUGCUGCCAGAUGGGAGUAAGCUGAUAGCUCCAUUUAAUCAGAAAGACAGUAGGUUUUCCAUCCUCAGCAGUGGCCAGUUAAUGAUCAAAAAAGUGGGUUACACUGAUUCUGGUUUGUACCACUGUGUUGCCCAGGUGAGAGAUGAUGCAGACAGAAUGGCCUACAGAGUUUUAGUGCAGCCUCCAAUCAUUCAGCCCACUGACUCUGAUGUAAUGAGGGUUGAAAAAAACGUAGGGGACCCAAUAGUUUUGCCCUGCAGUGCAAUUGCCAUACCAGAUGCACAGCUGAGCUGGAUCCUUCCAAGCAGCCACGUGCUUAAUGAUUUGUCAAACUCAUCCAAAGGUUAUGUGUCUCACAAUGGCACAUUGUUAAUUCCAAAGAGUCAUGUCAGUGACAGCGGGUAUUACAGAUGUGUGGCUGUCAAUCGGCAGGGAUCAGAUCAGUUUGCUGUUAGGGUAUCAGUAAAUAAGAUGGUAUCUGACAGAUCAUCCAAAAGGAUAAGAAUGAAGAAGCGUCCAGGUUUGAAAACUUCCGGAAAAAGAAGAGGGGAGGUGAUAGAAGAUGAAGGGGGAUCAGGAGCAGAAAUUCCAGCUGAAUCCCAGCACAAAAAGAACCAUCUGAAGGACCGUGAAGCAUCCAUUAAACAAAAGAAUGACCUCAUGCCUGAGGUUCAGGUUAAAAAAAACAAGAAAGACAGGAGAAAAAUGAAGUUAUGGAAAGGUAUAGAUAGAACCGAAGACAGCAAUGUUGCUGAAGGACGUCGGGUAUUUGAAUCUCGAAGAAGAAUAAAUAUGUCAAACAAACAGAUUAAUCCACAACACUGGGCUGACAUUUUGGCAAAGGUCCGUGGGAAAAAUCUUCCUAAAACAACAGCAGCAGCAGUCCCUUCUUUAAUGACUACAUUGCCGUCACUCAUGCAAAAAAUCACUACAGCUCCGUCUCCUAUGGCCAGUCCCCCCAAGAAACCUUCUCUAGAGACUGCAACCAAUGGGGAAGAGUCUUCUGCAGAUGUAUCACACUUGGGUGAGGAAAAGAUCUUCUCAGUCACUGUUUCCCCCACCAUUAUAGCACAAGAUUUUAGCCCAGAUCAAACAACUUCUGCUCAACUCACAUUAAUGAGCACAGAAACUGAGCCCUCCAUAGAACGCCAGUCUUUAGGAACACCUGGAAGUAUAUACACUGUAGAACCAUCCUUUGUGUGGUCUACAUACCUUACUCCAAUCUCUCCAACUUUACACUCACAUCACUCAUAUGAUCAGCAGCAUGCUGAUGUAAAGACUGAUUAUUCACCAGUAGCAGAAGAAAGCAUUAACACGGUCACUAAAGAGCCCCUGGAUGAACAAACAACUACCUUGCCCAAUAUUCAAAGCAGUUUUCACACAGUGGAAAAUGCAGUUACAACAACAUUGUAUACCACAGAGGAAUCUUCUGCUUCUGCUGAGCUACCAGGGCAUGCUACUGUCUUUGCAGAACCUCAGACGGUUGUAAAUCUCCCUAGCACCUUGGAGACAGAUGUACAGCACAGUGAAGUAGAUGCAGAUUCGAUAAAUUCCUCACCUCAGGGUGAUAAGAUCAGCUAUAUUGAUUUAAUAGCCACUACUACUAUUUCUUCUUCUGCUUCUCCAUUUAAGGAUUUUGUUACUAGAGAGAGCAAUGUCGUAAACCAUCAGCACAGGGAGGUACCUACAGAUCAGACUAAAAUUACAGACAUUGACUUAAGCACAAUCUUUCAAGUUUUCACAUCAUUUAAUGAGGAGCCACAGACCAACAAGGAUAUAGAGUCUCAGGUCAGAGUGUCUAGUAGCAGCUAUGGGAGCUCUGAAGGAGCUGCACAUGAAGGUAUGCCUGUUUCAAAAUCAGACUCCACAUUCACUCUGGCAAGUACCAUUGCUCCUCUUAAAAAAACAGAGUCAAUAACAACUGUUGUUUCAUUUGGCAACCUGACCGCUAUGGCUGAGGUUACAACUCCCUCUAGAAAUACUACUACCUCUAAUACACUGCUUACCCAGCAUCCCAGAAGAAGACCUUAUGGGAGAAGGAGAUUAAGACCAAACAGAGUUCGACAAAGACCAAAACCUAUUCCUUCUCCUGCUUUUACCACAGAGGAGAUGCCUGUUAUUCAAAAAACACCUAAAAUAGAAGGUGCUACUAGAAGUUCUCCUGGAUCUGUUGUUGAGGGUGAUCAUAAAACUGAUGCUAAAAUACAAAUUAAGAAACAUAAUCAUUUAGAGAUGAUUUCUUCAUUGGUUACAGAGGCAAAUGUAUUAGAGAGGUUGACCAAAGUUAGAAACACAGAGGCAGGUUUUUCACUUAGGCCUACUGCUUCUCUACCUGAAACAAAACAUUCAUCACUUUCUAAUACUGAUGAAACCCAGGUACUUCCUGUGCCUACAGCUAUCACAACUGCUUCAUCAUAUGGUGGGCUUAACACAGUCUCUGUUACAGAGUUACAUUUGUCCCAAGAACCAGAUCAGAAGACAACCUCAAUGUACCAUACACUAGUUAAUGUGUCUGAAGAAAAUGUCAUUAAAACACGUUAUGAAGUUACAGAUGGUAAGGCACAAAAAACAAGCAGUUCAGUCGCUACUGAGUACAUUAAUAGCCUGCUUAGCCCUGCUUAUUCAGUAACUCCAGAAUUUCGAAAAGAUUCCAUUCCUCUUGGAUCAAAAGUUGGAGAGAAUGGAAUCAACCCAGGAGUGUUUCGGCCAAUACCUCCCACUGUGCUGCAUUCAAGUGCUCCUGUUGACACAGUGGAAAGUUUUAAGGACCUGUCAAUUUCAGAUGAACUUCAGAAGCCUUCAAAAUCUUUAAAAACAGCUCCAGUAACCACACCACCUCAACCAACAGAAAUUGUGACUGUAUCCUUUCCCUUCAGCACAACAAGAUCUCAACCUUUCACACCUAUAGAAACCAAGAAACCAAUUAUUGUUCCUGUACAAACUUGGACAAAAACAGUAUCAUCUUCCUGGGACAAGAAGGAAACCAACUCUCAUGCAUUUGAUCAUGAUCAAAUUGCUAUAUACACAACUGAAAAACCUGUAUCUCCAGUUGCAACCAUUGACUUUGUUCCAUUUACAAAAUCUGAUGCUCCUACCCCAUCAGUUUCAAGCACUUUACAUUUGUCUGUUCAUUCUUCUACCAAGCAAAAUACCACAUUCAAUCAAGUAAGAUUUCCAGAGACCAAAGGAGUUGAAAUUGAUGAUACAACAAUCACACAUAGCACAAGACAAAACGUAUUUUCCACCUCUUAUUCAAACCAAAACAGGAUUAAAGCACAACACAAACAAGAGCAAUUUAAAGAGACAUUUGGUCUCAUUAGAUCUAACAACAGUUUAUUGUUAAAUCCAAACUUUCCCCAUCAGUCAGCUGGAAUGGUACCGAUCUUUAACCAGCAACCAGCUGUAACAACUCCAAAGCAUAUUCCAGUGAGAGGGACAAAGAGGCCACCAUAUCUCAUAAUACAAGGAUCAUUUCAUCAUUUUAUAACUCAACAGCCCCUCCACUAUACCAACAAACCAGAGAUAACAGCAUAUGCUGCACACACAACACAGGACAGAAAAACCUAUGCUCCUCAAACAGAGCCAACCACUACAACAACAGCCACUCCAUUAUACAGACCUAUCCCGCUUGCUCCAGGUAGAUUUGGCAAUCAGGGACAAAAGAGAUACAAUAUUCACUCCAGAGUUUUUGGCAAUAACUAUAUUCCUGAUAACAGAGGCACAGUUGGGAGACUACCGAGUCAAGGAAUCCCAUAUUACCCCAACCCUGGAAUCUCCUUUGUCUUUAAUAGAACCAGAACAUUUUCACACUUAGGAGUGAAUCCUAAACCAAUGAUGCCUAGUCCACUUCCCCCAGUAAAUACAAAUGACAAGAAAGCCAUCCAAGUCUCAUCUGCUGGGAUUACAAUGCAAGGCAUUGUUCUAAAGGCCACAGCUGUUCCAGUAGCUCCAUUGUUCCACAAUUCAAGUAUCACACCGCCAGCCACAACUACUUUGAAGAGCAUUCUUCCAUCAUUCAUCUCUCAAAGCAUCAGACCUCAAAUAUCCUCUAACAUUCAGUCCUUCAGAAGUGUCCUUUAUAAUAAUCAAAAAGUCCCAUCUGUGCCUAAACUGGGAGGAAUUAUGCCAAAUAAUUCUAGUGUAAUUCAACCUUCAAAUAACUUCAGGGCACAUGGUGAAAGACCUAAAAUUACCACGAAAGGUCCUCAGAGCUUGUCCAUCCUUGCUGAAACAGAUGCUGUUAUCCCGUGUGAUGUAGUAGGAGAACCCAAGCCUUUUGUUACCUGGACAAAAGUCUCCACAGGAGCUCUGAUGACAGCAAACACAAGGAUACAACGGUUUGAAGUCUUGAAAAAUGGCACAUUCAUUAUCCGAAAUGUUCAACUCCAGGACCGUGGGCAAUACUUGUGCACUGCUCAGAACCUGCAUGGUGUCGAUAAAAUGAUUGUCCUGUUGACAGUGACAGCCCAGCAGCCCAAAAUGUUAGUUUCCCGCUACCGAGAUGCCACUGUUUAUUUUGGAGACACGGUGGCAAUGGAAUGCCAGGCCAAUGGGAUCCCAAGCCCACAUAUUUCAUGGAUUUUACCUGAUAGGAAGAUAUUGCAAACAAUAACCACCGCUGAGAGCAGGAUAAUGCUCCAUGAAAAUAGAACUUUGUCUAUCAAGGAGGUGACAUUUUCAGACCGAGGAGUGUACAAGUGCAUAGCUAGCAACACUGCAGGAGCGGACAGCAUAGCCGUGAGGCUUCACAUUGCAGCAUUACCCCCAAUGAUCCAUCAGGAAAAACAGGAGAAUAUUUCCUUGCCCUUUGGUCACAACAUUCACAUUCACUGCACUGCCAAAGCAGCACCCCUCCCUAGCAUCCGUUGGGUGCUCUUUGAUGGCACCCAGAUCCGACCCUCCCAGUUUGUCAAUGGGAAUUUAUUUGUCUUCCCCAAUGGAACACUUUACAUACGGAACGUCUCCCACAAGGACAGUGGGAGCUAUGAGUGUAUCGCGGCUAACAUGGUGGGGGCAGCUAGGAGAACGGUUCAGCUCUAUGUGAAGAAGCAGUCAUCAAAUGCCAAGAUCACUUGGAGCUCUCCGCAAAGAUCAGAUGUAACCUACGGCAGCACCCUGUAUCUGGACUGCAGUGCUUCUGGGGAUCCCUGGCCCCAGAUAUUAUGGAGGCUGCCUUCCAAAAGGAUGAUUGAUUCUCUGCACAGCUUGGAGACCAGAAUCAAGGUAUUUAGCAAUGGGACUUUGCUUGUCCAUGCAGUCACGGAUAAGGAUGCAGGAGACUAUCUGUGUAUGGCCCGCAAUAAGAUUGGAGAUGACUAUGUAGUUCUCAAAGUGAACGUGAUGAUGAGACCUGCCAAAAUAGAACACAAGAAUGAGAAUAACCACAAGGUUAUGUAUGGUGGGGACUUGAAAGUUGACUGUGUAGCCACUGGUCUGCCAAACCCCGAGAUCUCCUGGGGUCUCCCUGAUGGCAGCAUGAUAAACACCUUCAUGCAGUCAGACGACAGUGGAAACCGAGCAAAGAGAUACGUGGUCUUUAACAAUGGAACGCUGUAUUUCAAUGAUGUGGGGCUGAGAGAGGAAGGGGACUACACCUGUUAUGCUGAGAACCAAAUUGGGAAGGAUGAGAUGAGAAUACGGGUCAAAGUGCUGGCUGAGCCUGCAACGAUCAGAAACAAAACCUACUCUGUUAUUAAUGUACCCUAUGGAGACGUGGUCACUGUGCCUUGUGAAGCCAAAGGCGAGCCCACCCCCAGGGUGAUAUGGCUCUCUCCAACCAACAGGCCCAUUCCUCUCCUGUCUGACAAAUAUCAAGUGUAUGGGGAUGGCACCCUCCUCAUCCAAAAGGCCCAGAGAUCUGACAGCGGCAAUUAUACUUGUGUGGUGCGGAAUAGUGCUGGGGAAGACAGGAAAAUAGUCUGGAUCCAAGUCAAUGUGCAGCCUCCCAGAAUCAAUGGGCAUCCCAACCCAAUCACAUCUGUGAGAGAGACAGCCAGGAAGGAGAGUCGGAAACUUAUUGACUGUAAAGCUGAAGGCAUCCCAGCUCCGCGGAUCUUAUGGGCUUUCCCAGAAGGAGUGAUCCUGCCUUCUCCCUACUAUGGGAACAGAAUUACUGUGCACCGCAAUGGCACCCUGGACAUCAGGGGGGUGAGGCAGACAGACUCAGUGCAGCUAGUGUGCAUCGGGCGGAAUGAAGGGGGAGAGGCUCGGCUUAUUGUACAGCUCCUGGUCACAGAUCAUUUGGAGAAACCCACCUUCAGGGACCCAGUCAAUGAAAGGAUCACUGCCACGGCUGGGCACAGUAUCAAUCUGAACUGCUCAGUGCACGGGAACCCUGAGCCCAGCACAUCUUGGAUCCUUCCCAAUGGCACUGAGCUGCAGAGCAGCAGCCACUUGCAGAGAUUCUACCACAAGAGGGAUGGGAAAUUGCACAUCAGUGGCCUCUCUGCAGUGGAUGCGGGGACUUAUCGCUGCACGGCCAGGAACCCAGGUGGCUAUGCGGAGAGGGUGGUCUUCCUGAAGGUGGGUCUCAAGACAGAAAUCAGCAACCAGUACAACAACCUGGUGAGCAUCAUCAAUGGAGAGACUUUGCAGCUCCACUGCAUCACGCAGCCAAACCCCCGAGCACACAUUUCAUGGACACUUCCCAAUGGGAUGGUACUAGAUGGCCCUCAAGCCAUGGGUCGCUUCUCCCUCCUAGAGAAUGGCUCGCUCACUGUGCUCAAUGCCUCUGUAUUUGACAGGGGCACCUACCUAUGCAAGGCAGUGACAGAGUAUGGCACCUCUAUUAUGAAUGUCCCAGUCAUAGUGAUAGCCUAUCCACCCCGGAUCACCAGUGAGCCAGCACCAGUCAUCUACGCCAGGCCUGGCAAUGCAGUUAAGCUGAACUGCAUGGCCAUUGGGAUUCCUAAAGCAGAAAUAACAUGGGAGCUCCCAGACAAAUCACAUCUGACAACAGGAGCUCAGUCCCGUCUGUAUGGUAACAAAUUCCUUCACCCUCAGGGGUCAUUAAUCAUCCAGCAAUCUACACAAAGGGAUGCAGGCUUCUACAAAUGCACUGCUAAAAAUAUACUGGGCAGCGAUUCAAAAACAACUUAUAUUCACAUAUUCUAAAGUUCAAACAAACUCCUUUGACUAGACACAAAUGCCCAGUCACUGCCAAUCAAGUGCAGCAGGAAAGUACUGUUUGUAAGCAAAGUCAGAGACACAAAGGAUUUUAAUUCUCAUUUUCAUGAACAGUAUAUCACUGCUUUUGUAAUGACCAUGAUCCUGCAGCAGAAAGAGCCAAUGAAAAUACUUAAAUGAGGGGACUAACACAAUUGUUUACAUGAUGUAAUGUAAUUUCUCAUGGCAUUCCAUAGCACCUGAGACCUAAUGUACUGUACACAUACCUGUUGAUAUUCCAAAGCUAUGCCUUGGCUUAACAAGCACUUUAAAAAUACCAGAGAAGUAUUAACUGUAAUAAGUGAGCUACAGUGAUACAAGUGCUUUAUUAUUGUGUAGGAAAGACAUCAGUUUUUUUUAUCCCCUGCGGUGCAUUUCAUAACCUAGCCUUAUAGAAUAUGAUUACUAACCUUUCUUUUAAUUCUUCUAUCUGCUAUUCCAGAUCAAAGAUUAAUUUAGCAAAUAAGAGUGAUCUAUUUCUAAUCAAGGACAUUCAGACUGUAAUGAAUGAACCUUUUCCAGCCAGUAAGGAUGCUCCAGUUGAAUUCAAUUAUUAUAUGUUUUAUAUAUAUUUUCAAACCAGACUAUGAGACUAGAAAGAACAACAAUGAUUUGUCUCAUUUUAUAAAUUAUUGGUCUUUACAAGACUCUGAUAUGUUACUGUAUUUUAUAAUGUUAAGGUCAG